AUGAAAUCUGGCCAUGAAACUCAUCAUAUUCCCCCAAAACCGCUUGACAUUACCAAAAAUUUUGCCUCCUUGUUCAAGAAAACUUCAUCGGUGGAAAACUUUCUGACAAUUCUUACGGCUUCAGAGAUCAAUUCCUUUACACUUGUUGACUCUUUGGGAUGUAAUAACACCGUUUCUAUGCCUCUGAUUUCUCGUCUGAAUCGAAACACACCGACUGUUCAGUUUGCCUCUGUUCUUCCUUCGGUUGUGUCAACUUCAGCAAAUAAUCAAUGUUCGUCUUCUAGAUUAGAAAUGCAGAUUCCUGUUGAUGCUUCAAAUGUUCGAAACACUCAGGGAAUUAAUCUACAUUCCCAAUCUUCCUUGAUUUCCCCGUCUAUUUUGCUUUCUCAAAAUCCUUCGAUGGAUCGAAUUUUGCCAAAAUCUCAGAUCUCGAUUUCUGAAAAAGAAACUCAGGUUAUUGAAAAUGGUGUAUCUUCUGUUGUUAUGGUGAGUAUUAAUGAUUCUGCAAAUCCAAAUGAUACAACUGUUGCUUUUGACUUGGGAAAUGCAAGGGAGAUUGGAAUGGAGGAUAUGAAAAAUGGUAGAGAUAUGCCUUUAUUGGGACAGACAAUCUUUUCUGAUAAGAUUACUGAUAUUGGAGCAUUUGCUGCUGAUGAGUUGAUUACUGAACUAGUUCCACAGGAUAUGAACAAUGUUUGUGAUAUUGUUAAUGCUGUAGUAAGGGAUAUUGGAUUUCACAAAGGGGAUUCUGUGAGAGUUGAUGUUGGGACUCUUGAUAAUUCCCCAAUGGCUUUUGAUUGUGGAAAUCAAGAUGGUGAUGGCACUGAUAUUGUUGAUAUCAGAUUGGAGGAUCCUAUUCUGCCAGAUCAUGAAGAUUCCCUGAUUUUGGUGGAGUCUGAUUCUCAAACUUUAGUUCAAAUGGUGAAAGGCCUAGCUGCUAUUCCAUGGAAAUUGCAAGAUUUGUUAAAGAGGAUUAAGCAGUUGUUUGGAAUGAUGAAUUUGCAGAUUUCACACAUUUACAGAGAAGCUAAUGGAUUGGCUGAUUUUUUAGCUUCUUUUGCUGUUUAUUCAAAAAAAUGUACUGAAUUCUCUGGCAGUAAUGUAUUGCCAGUGGCUGGAAGGCUAAUUCAGCAGCAAGACCAGACUGGUUUACCUAAUGUCAAAUUGAAAAGACUACUUUGCAGUCAAAAACAGGGAAUUGGUUGA